CUGCUUAUUUACUUACUCCGUAUCAAGUCACGGAUCAUCGAUCAUCAUCUGCAUCAUGUCAUUCGCAAGUCUCAAAUCUCAAAGGCAAUCCAAGGCAUCAAGAUCGUAUGUAACUUCCAAGGAUAAUGCUCAAGAGCCCCACUCUACAACCAUUCCAAAAGUGAUCCAUUCUAACGAUCCAGAGACACCAACUCCCAGCAAUGAAUGCACCGUGUACCACGGCACACCAGAGAAUGUGGAGAUGCGGGUAUCUGCAACAUCAGGCAGGGGGCUUUGGGCUAAAAAAUUAAUCAAAGCUGGUUCUAUUAUCAUUUCACUAAGACCGCAUUCAUUUGCACUUGGUAGCCAGUAUCUGGAUUCACAUUGUUCUACUUGUGCUGCCGUGCCAAACUCAGGUUUGUUGAGGUGUACUGGAUGUCGCACAGUUUGGUAUUGUAACGCGACAUGUCAGACAAAUGAUUGGCUACUUCAUCGACUCGAAUGCUCUGCAUUGAGGAACUGGGCCAAGUCAGCACCAUCGAAAAACCUAUCUGUCCCAAGUGAUGCUGUCAGGUGCCUGGGACGAAUUUUGUGGCAGAAAAGGCAGGAAGGGUUUGAUAGUAGUUGGUCGAAGGAAAUCGAUGCAUUGCAGUCUCAUCGACAUUAUUUGCAGCCUCGUGUCGUUGAAAAUAAUACUCACCUUGCCCACUCUUUGGUUCGAUAUCUUGGCUUGUCUUCUCCUAGAGAACUGUCGAAGUUUGGCAUCUUAUCUGCGGGCGACCUUACUGAUUUAAUUUCAAGAUUUGUUACGAAUACCUUCGCGUUAACUUCGCCCUCGUUGACACCAGUGGGGGUAUCAGUCUCGCCGCUUGUUGCGCUUUUCAACCAUUCUUGUGAUCCCGGCGCGGUCAUCGUUUUUCCUCGAUCUUCUCGAAAACCCACGGAGGAACCGCAGAUGCAAGUCAUUGCUCUCAGAGACAUUUCACCCAAUGAGGAGAUUUUGACCUCAUAUGUAGACACGACCCUACCUCGUUCUCUAAGGCAGGCUGCAUUGAAGGAGACCUAUGACUUCACGUGCCAGUGUGAGGUAUGUCAUCACGACAAUAAAAUCGACUCUCGCGAGUCCAUAUGGUGUCCAAAGUCAUGCGAAGGAAUGUGCCCUGCUCCUAGUGAUGAAAGCGAGAUAUAUCAAUGCGUGAAAUGCCGUGCAGUUGUGACUGCAACCGAAUCUAUCAUGGACUCGCUACGCGUUGGACAGGAAGCAUUGGAGAAGGCAACUUCAAUUCAAGAUACGGGUCAGUCCUCCAUGUUGAACACGAAACAUAUCCAUGUGAUUUUGGUAUACGUCCUUACAGAUCUUAACAAGGCCCUGCAACUGACGACUAACAUUAUUCCGAUACUUGUGUCUGCUGGCUUGACACCAUCAUGUCACCCGUUGUUGGCCUUGAUAGGGCUCCAUAAAUCACUCCUCCUUUUUUCGUUUUCAGCAGACAUGUCACAAGACCUGCUUGACGAGGCAAUCCGUACUUCAGCUAAGCAUUAUAUGGGGCUAUCCGCCCUUCUUCGUGACGGUCACCCUGUGCGCGCUGUUGCCCUAGCGGAACUCGGGAAGCUUUUGGCCGUCGACGAACCCCGCCCUGCCACGUCGCCACUCGCAAACGUUUCCUUCCCACCAUCUGGUCCUCCGCGACUCAAAGCUGCAUACAAAACACUGGUACAUGCAAGACACGAAUUGAUGAUCGGCUUUGGCAGGGAUAAUGACGGCGGCGAGCUCGGAAGAAAUAUUCGCGAAACAUUGGUGUCCCUGGAGAAAGAGCUUGGGGUGUGGACUCAAGGCAUACAUAACACUGUUCAAGAUGCGCUAAACUCCUCACGAAAGUGAGUGUGCUCAUCCUUGUGGAUGUCACAUGUGUGUUCAAUA